AUGUUGAUUAUGAGUAGCUGGUUCUUCAAGACCUCCAAUGGGAACACACCGUCUACAAAGCCAAAACCUCCCCUUCGAAGACAGGCAGCACCGAAAUUCACUCUAAAGGAUGUUUCUAACCACAAAACUCAGGACGAUCUAUGGAUGGUGAUCCAUAAUCGAGUGUACGAUGUCACCCCGUUUAUCUCACGGCAUCCAGGAGGGGUUGAAGUACUAAUAGACUGCGCGGGGGUCGAUGCCACGGAAUAUUUUGAAGACGUGGGUCAUUCAGAGGACUCUAAGAUGAUGUUGAGACCAUUAUACAAGGGCGAAUUGGUCGACAGCGAUCGAGUAGCCGCGAAUGAAGAACCAGAGAUUAUUCAAAAAGAUAAUGCAGACCACCACCACCAAAAUAACAAUAAUAACAACCAUAACAACAAUAGUACUGUGAACCACCAGUAUAUGUGGAGCUACGGGGGAAUGGCUCUAAGGAUGCUACAGAAUGCCAUAAAUAUUCGAUCGACAAAAGAAGAAGAGGAGAAAAUACGACGGGUGUUACACAGCGGAGGGUACGUCAACAGUGUUCACCACCGGACAGAGAAGAAGCGCAAAAAGAAAAGAAACAGAAGGAAGACGUUCUUUUUAAGAGAAAAAACCUCGUUCUUGCUACUACUGAUUGCCCUAUUAUCGGCGUUGGUGUUUCUCUAUCUCCAACAACGAAAAUGGCGAUGA